UCAUUUUCGUUCUUGCUGCAAAUAAAAAUCGAAAAAAAUGGGCGAAUCCUCAUAACCCAAAAUACUCUCUCAUGCGCAUCUCCUCCUCCUCCUCCUCCUCCUCUUCUCCUAUCCUCACCACUAUAUAUCGUCGCCUCCUCCUCUUCAAUCCCUUCUUCGUCGCACAACAACAACAACAACAACAACAACUGCGUUGCUCUCCCCCUCUCUGCUUCACGCAAAAGCGCUUUUCCAGAAGCAGCAGCCGAUUUAGUAGCGUCGCCAUGGCCGCCGUCGAGAAGCCCCGGGUCGUCGCGAGGAAGCUCCUCGCCGAGUCCCAGGAAGAGGGACACGGCGCCACCGUGAGGAGAAGCAUUGGAAGGUCUGAGCUCAGAAGCUUGGAUCCUUUCCUUCUCCUGGAUGAGUUUGAAGUUUCUCCUCCCGCUGGAUUUCCUGAUCACCCUCAUAGAGGAUUUGAGACUGUUACAUACAUGCUAGAGGGCUCAUUCACUCAUCAAGAUUUCGCUGGGCAUAAGGGCACAAUCGGGCCGGGAGAUGUGCAGUGGAUGACGGCCGGCCGGGGUAUUGUCCACUCGGAAAUGCCUGCAGGCGAGGGCGUCCAGAAGGGAUUGCAGCUAUGGAUCAAUCUCUCCUCAAAGGAUAAGAUGAUCGAGCCCAAAUAUCAAGAAUUGCAGAGCAAGGACAUAAGCCGAGCCGAGAAGGACGGGGUCGAAGUCCGGAUCAUUGCAGGGGAGGCAUUCGGCGUCCGAUCCCCGGUCUACACUCGAACUCCGACAAUGUAUAUGGAUUUCACGGUGAAUCCCGGCGCCCAGCUACAGCAGCCCAUUCCGGAGAACUGGAACUCCUUCGUAUACAUCAUCGAAGGCGAGGGCAUAUUCGGGAGCGAGGACUCUCCGCCGGUGACAAGCCACCAUUGCCUCGUGCUCGGGCCCGGAGACGGCCUGAAUGUCUGGAACAAAUCGGGGAGCCCGCUGCGGUUCGUUCUCGUCGGAGGGCAGCCGCUGGACGAGCCAGUCGUGCAGCACGGGCCGUUCGUCAUGAACACGCGUGCGGAGAUCCGGCAGGCCAUGGAGGAUUACUAUCUGGGGAGGAAUGGGUUUGAGAAGGCCAAGCAGUGGAAAUCUGAUUCACUUACUCACUGAUGUGAAGCACAAAAAGAACAGAUCUUAUUAGAUUGUCAUAGUUUUCGCUUCGUGGAUUGCUUGUUCUUUUAUUUCACAGGUUUGGAGGGAUAUUUGUGUUUAAGAUUACAUUCCACUGUCAUCUCUGUAUCAGAAAUAAGAUUAGGGCAAUAUAUUAUCGGUGAAUUCCCCACUGUAACUAUUAUUUUCACUCAAUUAAGUUGUAUGAUGUGUGCUAAUUAAGCGAAACGGUAUUCGGAAUAAACAUGAUUAAUGUGUUAAGUAAAGUUGAUCUAGCCUCUUUUUC